GAGUGAGGUGUUUGCACAAAUACUGUUGCAUCCCAUCAGAUUCAUCGUCACACUUCUAAUAUUGUUUUUUCAAAUGUCACGAGCGAGUGAAAAUAAAACUCGUUCGCUUUUACAGAUGAUGCUCCGGAUGAAGACCUUUACUCCUUGGCUGGGAUCGUGUAGACCCAUUUGAAGCUGCAUUGAAACUGCAUUUUGGAUCUUCAACCUGUUGAUCCCCAUUGAAGUCCACUAUAUGGAGAACAAUCCUGGAAUGUUUUUCUUAAAAAACCUUCAUUUCUUUUCGACUGAAGAAAGAAAGACAUGAACAUUUUAGAUGAGGUUGCAAGAUCAUAAAAACCAUGCUGGCUAAUGGUUGAUAUCAAAACAGAUGAGAAGAUGAAACAUCUGUCUUCAAAUGUCUUCAAGUGGGACUGCCAGGCAAGUCAUGGAUGGUUAACAUCUGCACAGCAUGUUUGCUACUCAGUCUUAACUUCAUAACUUGCAUGUAAAGACUCUCACAUCAUGACCAACGUGCUUCCAGCUGAAGAUAACAUAACUUUAACCUUUUUUCCUGAGAACUGUCCCAACUGUACUGCGAUACCUGCAUUUGACAUUGACAUCACAAAGACACUGGCUUUGGGCAUAGUGCUGGUGCUCUUUAUAAUAUUCGGUGUGAUGGGCAACAUCCUGGUCAUCCUCUCUGUGGUGUGCCAUCGCAACCUUCGUUCCGUGACGCACUAUUUUAUCGCCAAUCUGGCCAUUGCAGACCUGCUCCUGAGCUCUGUGGUGCUCCCGUUCUCCGCUGCAUCGGAAGCCUUAGACCGCUGGGUGUUCGGCCGUCCUUUAUGUAACGCCUGGACUGCGCUUGACGUACUAUGCUGCACGGCAUCCAUCCUCAGCCUCUGUGUGAUCUCUGUGGAUCGCUGCAUGGCCGUCAGUUACCCGCUGCGGUACCCUUCUUUAGCUACAGGUCGAAGAGCACUAGCGGCAGUGAUGGCUCUAUGGGCUCUUUCGGCUGCCAUCUCCGUUGGACCGCUUUUCGGAUGGAGGGAGCCCAUGCCGGAGGACGAGUCGGUGUGUAGAGUGAAUGAAGAGCCGGGAUAUGCUCUCUUCUCCGCCGCAUGCUCAUUCUACGUGCCGUUGGCGGUGAUUUUGGUGAUGUACUGUAGGGUGUAUGUGGUGGCCCGGCGAAAGACUCGUUCCAUGAAUAAGGGCAGGCAGACUAAUGGGUUAAAUGAGCAUGGAGUGACCCUGCGGAUCCACUGUCGCAAUGCUCAGCAGGCCGCCGGGAAGAAGGAAGCAGUGAGAGCGAAGAACUCGCACUUCGCCUUCAUGCGUCUGCUCAAGUUCUCCCAAGAGAAGAAGGCGGCCAAGACUCUGGGGAUUGUGGUGGGAUGUUUUGUGCUCUGCUGGCUGCCUUUUUUCCUUGUGCUGCCCAUAAGCUCCAUCUUUCCAUCGCACAGACCCCCAGACACUGUCUUCAAAAUUACUUUCUGGCUGGGCUACUUCAACAGCUGCCUCAACCCCAUCAUCUACCCGUGCUUCAGUCAGGAGUUCAAGAAGGCCUUCCAGAACGUUCUUCAUGGUCACUGCCUCAGCAGAACACACAGGCCCUGGAGCCCUUCGGCCUCUGCUCGAGACCCUGUGCAUGGCCCCAAAUCUCCACGGAGUUUCCCAUCUGCAUCUACUGACUCCCGGAGGCCUACUGAUGCAUCGCCUACCGCUAAUAAAAACUCUUAUACUGCACAUAGCAACAGUGCUCUGAAUGUGCCUGAAACAUCUCUGACAAUGAAAGUUCAUCAGGUUUCUGUAUGCAAAAUGGGCGGUGAGGCUGUAUGAAAUGCUUUUGAACGAAUAAAAGACAAAAGACAAGGUUGUAAACAAUGCCACUGUGGAAUGGAACAAAGAUUACUGGGAAUCUGGCUAAUUCUUGUAUACAGGAGCACCACCUUGUGGCAACAUCUAUAAUAUGCAUCUGCACUUUUGUGAAGCUUAAAACUGUGAGGAGUUAUAAUUUGAAGUGUACAAAUGUGCUUGGUAACUUCAAAACUUGUGCAAAUACAAGUACACUGUAAUAAAA